AAAUCAUGUAAACACUAAAACGGUCAGCUGGGGUGUGGAAACCGGUGUAGUUAUAUUAUUUUAGUGAGAAAAACUAAAUUUUCACAACUGUCAGAGCGUUUGUUGCCAUUUAGUGGAUAGUGGAAAAAUAACACGUAGCUCUAGAGGGAUGUAAGUUUGGUACUGUGUUGUCCUUUUUGUGGAAGAGGACGUAGGUUUGCCAGCUAACACUAGCUAGCCAGCAAGCUAGCAAGAGUUGAAACACAGCAUCAUUCGCCAAACCUGUAUUUUUGCUGUUUUGCAUUUUUGAUAGGGAUCCUACUGUUAAUCUCUGGCGUUUUUACCUAACAUUAGCUAGCGAGCUAUUGUGGAGUCCUUUAUGACCGAGUGAAAAGCUUGCCAUGUUUGAAAGAUAACGCCAGCAUUAGCUACCUACGUUAUACACCAACAGUUUAGCUGUAGCAUUAUGGACCCUGUCUAACGUUGGCAUACGGCGAAGAGGGGCCCUAACACAACGUCAGCGCAGGUGUGAAACGGCUCGUUUUCACCAGACUGCAACUUCUAUCUAUUCUAUCUUCAGCUUUAAAAGCAUACUCUUCUGAUGUUAACGGAAAACCGGAAACGGAGGCGCAGCUGUGGCCAUGACGACGGGGAGCCUCUACCUCAGGCCAAGAGGUCAGGCGCAGGUCAACCGCUCUUCCCCGAAUUGGGCCGGGACGUAUGGGAUUCUGAGUCUUCCAGCAGCGAUUGCAGUGCUAUAAGCAGUCCAGAGGGGGCAGCAGGGAGCAGCAGUGGCGGCUGCAGCAGCACCAGCACCAGCCUCCAAUGCGGGUCGGACAGCAGGGGGAGCCACUGCGCCGGGGGCCCCUGCAGCCCAAUCGGCGCGUCCCACUCCACCGAGUCGGGCCCCAUGAGCCAGGGCCCCUACCACCACAUUAACCGCAUCCUGCGCGAAGCCCACUUCCACAGCCUGCACAGCCGAGCCCCGCCCACAGACACAUGACUCCGCCUCCCCGGGGGCCAUCGAGGGAGGACCACGGCCAGGCCUGCAGAGAGGGACCCCUCGUUCCUCUCAGCAAGGUGUGGGGGGAGACUGAGCACUGGGCACCUCACACACCGCCUCCACCCCACCCGCACCCGCACAACUGCCUGUCUGGCCCUUCUGCUCACGCCCGUUUCCUUCCAAUAGUGGGAGUGUCAUUUAAGUUUAAAAAAAAUAGUGUCGGUGAAGAGCGUAAAUACUGUGUGCUAAUGUCUCCAUUUUACUUUUUCUUUUUUUUUUUUUUCUCUCUCUCUCUCUCUCUUUCCCCUGGCCAUGCCAGUUGUUGUACUGUGUGCAGAGCCCAGCAGUGUGUGAUUAAGGUUCAUGUCUGAGGGAAGGACGGGUCGUUGCUUGAGGUUUCCCUACCGGGAAAUCGCACAGCAACCACAACUGUUAUUGAGUCACGUUCUCUUAACUUUAUCGAGUGACGUUUGGUCUUUGCCAAAGCCAGUAACUUAGCAACCAGUCACUGGAGCUUUACCUUUGAUUUGAGGUUACUGUGGCUCCUUACUGCCUCUGUCCAGUCAGCUGUAUCAUGGCUAGACAUUGUGGGAGGGGCUUCAUGAGUCUUCCACGUUGGGAACUCGGGCCACAGGGUUUUUGCAGCCAGCUGAGAGGAAAGGAGUCUUCUUCCCUGGCAGUCAACAUGUAACCCUCAGGCUGUGCGCACAGAAAAACCGCCAGGAACGCUCCCCGGUCUGACGGUCAGAACUCACCCUAGUUUGGCACUUUAUUAACCAUGGGAGGGCUCAAUAUCUCAGCACUGGCCUGAGAGCCAAACAUAAAUCCCACCUCACUGUGCAGCCAAGCCCUCCACAGUGUCCGCCCCAGUCCUGUACACUGUACACCCUGCCCCGCCCUGCCCCGCCCUGCCCCACCCUGCCCCACCCUGCCCCACCCUGCCCCACCCAGCCCCACCCUGCUCAACCCCGCCCCACCCUACGCCCCUCCAGUGGCCAUGUGACACAGCCCCUUGAUUGACACUGACCUCUGCACUGUUGAACCGGUCCUGAGGAGUGACCAGUCACUGUGUGUCCUGGCCCCAAAGCACUGGUCCCCCCCCCCCUACCCCCGACUGGGUUCUGUGUGAGAUACUGGACAUAGGCCCUGCCCCUGUCUUUCCCCCUCUGUCAGGGGUCCAAGGCAGUCCAGUUCUGUGCUUGGCACUGUGUUUAAGUACUUGCAAAAAUCAAAAGCAACAUUUGAUUGUUAUCACUAAUAUUGAGUUUUUGUAUUUAGUACAUGAUGAACCUCGGAUCAGACAUUUUAAGUUUAGAAUUUAUUUGUCUUUUUUUUUCUUUUUUUAAUCCACCUCUUGCAUUUUGAAAUAAAAAUAGAUGUUUCUAAA